AUGAGUUCAUCGGCGGAGGAAAAAGCCGAAGUAGAAGCAUUGAUUGCUCAACUAAGUUCAUCGUGUGAUACUGAUAAAACAUCCCAUUCACAUGCUAGUGGUGAUGCGAAUGCAGCAGCAGCUGAACGUAAACGUUUACAAAUACGUCGAAAUUCAGGUUCGAAUUCAAAUACACAAUUAGUUGGAUCACCAACAGAUGUACAUGGACAUUUAUUACAAAAAAAUGCAAAGAUUUCAAAGAAAUAUAAUCGAAAAUCAAGACAAGGAAAAGGUCGUGGUCUAGCAAAGAAGGGCGGCGGUGGUGGUGGUUUCACAUGGGGUGUACCAGGCUCUGAACUACUCGAAGAAUAUAACGAAGAGUUAGACGAUGACGAUUUAGCCGAUUUACAAUAUAACGAAGCUAAAGCUAAACUUGUUGCUGAAUCAUCUAACGUUCCAUUAGAAGUAAAAUUCACUAAAUUAGAGGUAAUCGAAAGCAUGGAUAAAGAUGUUAAACCAUUGGUUGAUGAGUAUUUUGUAAAUGGUGAUGCAAAUGAUGUUGCACAAUUGUUGAAAAAAUUUGACCUCAAACAACGUGGCGGCGAAUUAAUUGCUUAUGUUGUUACAAGAGCAUUAGAAAAGUCGAAUGUUCAUAAAGAAUUAAUAUCACGUCUUCUACAUGAUCUUAAUGGAAUUAUAUUACGUUCGAAUGAUUAUACUAGUGGAUUUCAUUCAUUAUUAGAAUCAUUGAAUGAUUUAUCGCUUGAUAAUCCUGAAUGUUCAACUGACAUUGGUAAAUUUAUCGCUCGUUCUAUUGCCGAUAAAUGCAUUGAUAAUGCAGAUGGAAAAUAUUUCGGUAAAUAUAAAGGAAAUGUUAAAUGUCCAAAGAUGCAAGCAGCACUUGAUAAAGCUGAAACAUUGGCAUCAAUGGGGGAUUUCUAUUUUCUGAAUAAUGUUUGGAAUGCACAAUCGAGUGGCUUCCGACCUGUACGAGAAUUAGCUGAUAGAAUGAAUAUUAUUAUUCAUGAAUAUUAUGAUAGUGGAGAUGUCGAUGAAAUAAUUCGAUGUUUGAAAGAAUUAAAUGUACCACAUUUUAUUCAUGAAUUUGUUUAUGAACUUAUGGAUUUCUGUCUUGACAAAAAUACGGAACGUGCUCAACAAUUAACAAUUGGUCUACUUGAAAAAUUGACAAAAUCAGCUGUGAUUACUUAUGACCAACUGAAAACUGGCAUGUUACGUUUAUUCGAUGAUAUCGAAGAUAUUCAUCUAGAUGUUCCCAAUGUUUAUGAACAAUUGCAAACACUUCUUAAACAAUUAGAGGAGAGGAAAGUUCUUAAUCAUGACUUAACAGCAAGUUUACCACAAAAAGGUCGCAAACGUGGUACAAGCGAGGGUGAAAAUAAUAAACAAGAGAAGAGUUAA